AUGGACGGGGCUGACUGGUCGGAUCCUGUGGUGAUACGCUUACUCCUACGGAAAGUGAAACGGUAUUUGAAAAAGGCGGUUAGAGUCCAGCGGGAAUUGACGAAUAGCAAGGAAGAGCUCCGCGCGGCGUAUGCUGAUAUGGAAACCAUGCGAAAUGAUAUAGCGUAUCUCCAGGAGGAUCUGGACAGGAAGCUGGCACUUGAGAAGAAACUGUUGACAGAAAGGGAUGGAUCCAAACAGAAGGAGGAGGAGCUGAUGAAACUUGUGAGGAAAAUGUACGGUACGGAUCCCGCUGAGGCAUAUGUUGCGUUGUUGAACACGAAUGAGGAGAUGCAGAAUGAGAUGGAUGCUGUCAUUGAAGAACGCGACGAUCUCUGUCAAGAAGUCGAGAAGCUCCAGAAGCAGGUGGAUGAUUUUCAGGAGCAGUCCAGCCUGCCGACUCCUGGUGGAGAUGAAGAGCUGCUGAAUGCUGGCUCUGAGGAGGAAAAACAGAAGCUUGAGGAGCUGUCGCGAAAAGUGGAGCGACUGGAGACGGAGAACGCCGAGUUGAGGCGAAAAGUUGAAGAUUGGGAAGGAAGAAAUGAUGGAGGCUCUUCGGAGUCAUCACGUGGAGUUAUCCAAGCCUUGGCUCAGGAGAAUGUAGAGUUGAAACGGCAGUUGAGGAGUCGGGAGGUGGAGUUGUCUGGACUGAGGGCUGAUCUUAAGGAGCAUCAGAAGGGUAGUGUUGGAGAGGACUCCACUGAGGCAACCGAUAGACUUCGACAGGAACUGAAGGAACUCCAACAACAACACGAUGAGUUAUGGACGCAUCUGAACAAAGUUCUGCUGUUCUCAGCCGCGUUGGAGGACAAGUGGGAUACUGAGGAGGAACUGCGGGCGCUCAGGAAUCAGGUGUCUCAGAAGUUCACUACAGUCGCAGUUGACCCGCAAGAAGCUGGCCAGGACUCAGCAGAUCCGCGGCAAGUUGAGGAGACUAUUGCCGAGCCGCUGUCAGAGAGUAUAGUGGGGAAAAAUGAUAAGAAGAUUGUUGAGGCACCUUCGACCGCUACUUCUAGCCCGGUGACACAGGCUUGUCAUGAGGGCACUCUCGCGGCGAGGGGCAUGGGCAGUUCAGUAUCGGGUGAGCUGUGA